UGAAGGAAGAUGGAUGAUUUUGAUAAAAGGCAAGAGAGUUUGAAGAGUGUUUUGACAUGUGGAAUUUGCAAAAAGCUAUGCAAAAAUGUCACCAUUAUUGAAGAAUGUUGUCACAGAUUUUGCAAGAAAUGCAUAACAAGGAAGAUAACAGAAGAGAAAUUGAAAGUUUGUCCAGAAUGCAAUAUGGAUUUAGGUGUUGCCCCCUUGCAGAAAAUCAGGCCUGAUCAUCAAGUGCAAGGGAUUAGAGACAUAUUGUCAAGUAAAAGAAGAGAAUUUAUUGAGCGUGGACUAAUCGAAAAAUUCAAAAAAGGCGAACCCAAAAAAUUAGCUCGUGAGGAUAUUGAUCUUAAUAAUAGUGCAGACAUGCUCAUUGAUAAUCCAUCAUUGCCGCCUCUUCCUCCUCCUGCUCCUGCUCAUGUUGUUUUUGAUACAUGUUCAAGGAGAAAGCAGAAAUCGAUAUCUUCCAUAGUAAAUACUACACCACUUGUUGUUGAUGAUCAAGUUUCAAAUCAACACAACAUUUCGAGUAGGAGUACUGGAAGGGGAAGGGGAAGGGGAAGGGGAAGGGGAAGAGGAAGAGGAAGUUCACGAAAUAAUGCUAAUAUUGUUCGUUUUCAAGAUCUAUCCAAAUUUAACGAUGUUGUUGAUCUGAAUAAGGGAGAUAUGCAUCCAGAAAGUUUGACCAUUCCUCUUCUUUCAGGAAAAGAUACUCAACAUAAACAACAGAUAAAGGAAGCUGAUCAGCCAGGAAGUUCAAGCACUCCUCUUCUUUCAGGCAAAGCUACUCAACAUAAACAACAGAUUGAGAGUACUGUUUAUGCUGCUGAGUCCUCAAAGAAUGAUAGUAUCUCAAAGAAAAAUGAAAGUAUUGAUCCAUUGGAUGGAAUGAAUGACUUAUGGGAACCAUUGAACAACUUGGCAACAAAAGGUGUCACUUUAGACAAUUCCAACAAAUUAUCCAAGUCCAGAGAGCCUGUUCCAAAGUUCAUCAGCACUCCACUAAUCAAUCUUGAUGAUUAUGAAAAUGAGGAUGAAGAUGAUGAUGAUGAAGACGAGGAGUAUGUGCCUUCACCAAAAGUUAAGGAACAUAAAGUUAGCAAACAAAAUGUUGUUCCAAAAUUAGAUGUUGUUCAAGCUAUAGCAGCACCAUCAAGUAGUAAUAAUAAUAAUACUGAUAAAGGAAAAGGGAAAAAGGGACGACGUGGAAGAAAGAAAAAAGAAACAAAUAAUCCUCCUCCUCUCACUGGAGGUGGUGGUGAUGGUGGUGGUAGUGGAACAAAUAUUAAUGUGGCACAAGUUCAAGUUACUACUGAGGCAGCAGCAGGUACAAGCAGUGGUAGCACUAGAUUAGUGAAUGAAAGAGUCCAUCCCAUUUGGUUCACUUUGGUUGCAUGUGAUAAGCAAGAAUGCCCUUCACCCUUACAACAGAUUUCUUCCCGCUACAUAAAGAUCAAGGAUGUGAACAUGCCGGCUUCCUACAUAAAGAAGUACCUUGCAAAAAAAUUGAGUCUCCAGAACGAAGACGAGGUGGAGAUUCACAUGUUAGGAAUACCGAUUGAUCCUACUUUGCCUCUCAAACAUCUAGUUAAAUUGUGGUUACGUGCAGCACCUAACUCUGGAAAAAAUGUAGCAAAAGUUGGAGCUUCUGCCCAAGAAUUUGUGAUGGUUUUGAAAUAUUCUCGAUCACACCUAUAAUUGACCAUUAAUAAGUAAUAUCAGUGUAUUGCAAAAUGUACAAUAUUUCAGUAUCUCCUUUGGAUUGAAUAUUCAAUUUUUGCAAAGGAGAAAACUUCUUGUUGCAUGUUGUUAAUUACCUUUUGUAUGUAUUUUGAAACUCGAUCGGAUGCUUUUGAGUUACU